UACUCGACGUGUUCUUCUUGCUCUUCCAAGUACCGGGCCCUCUCAAAUUCUCCCCCAAACAAAUUACUUCCUCUUCGGUUUCUCAAACCCUAAUGGAGUGCGUAUUCGGUCUCGUCGGCGACGGGUUCGCGGUGAUCGCCGCCGACACGUCAGCAGUCCACAGCAUCCUCGUCCACAAGUCGAACGAGGACAAGGUCAUGAUCCUCGACUCUCACAAGCUCCUCGGUGCCUCAGGCGAGGGCGGUGACCGGGUGCAGUUUACUGAGUUUAUUCAGAAGAAUGUUCAUCUUUACCAGUUUCGUAAUGGGAUUCCCCUGACCACGUCGGCGGCGGCCAAUUUUACUCGGAAUGAGCUGGCUACCGCGCUGCGAAAGAACCCAUAUAUGGUUAACAUUUUACUGGCGGGGUAUGAGAAGGACAUUGGUCCCUCACUUUACUACAUUGACUACAUUGCAACUCUCCACAAGAUUGACAAGGGUGCUUUUGGGUACGGAUCCUACUUUUGCUUGGCACUUAUGGACAGACAUUAUCAUAGUGGGAUGUCAGUAGAAGAAGCUAUUGAUCUUGUGGAUAAGUGCAUAUUAGAAAUCAGGUCUCGCUUGGUUGUUGCACCACCGAACUUCGUUAUCAAGAUUGUUGACAAGGAUGGAGCAAGGGAGUAUGCUUGGCGCGAAUCAGUGAAGGAUACGGCUUGAAAUGGUCAAUGUUGUUGCUCCCCUGAAUGAUCUUUGUCAAUUUCCUGUUAUGUGAUAAACUAUACAACGCUCUUAUUCCUUUACCCUAAAAUAGAUACUGUUUAUGUCUGUUUUCUUUAUUUCUUGAUACUUGUUUUUUAUCUUCAUCUGAAUCUGCUCAUUAAACAUCAUCAGCUGUUGCAACUUGGGUUUUCAAGAUAUCUAUGAUUUGAUGGAUAUAAUCUGAUUAAGAUAUUUAAAAUCAAAGCACUUCAGUUAA